CUCCCCUCACCCAGCGGCGACGAACCAAGAUGCUGAGGCAGCACCUCCCCCUCUUCUCAUCUUCCCCUUCUUCCCCUAUUCAUAUGGCACUCGCGCGCCUCGCCCGAAAGACAAGCUCUAGAAGUAGCGCCAAGACCAGACCUCUCCUCUUCCUGCUACUCCUAAUUGCGAUUCUUGUUGUGACCGCCGUCUUCUUGUUCCCACCAGCGACCAUGUCUUCUUCGUCGUCGUUCGAGAAUCCGAGGAAGGUGGUGAAGAAGGUGAUGUCGCUAUCCCAGGCCGAGGGGGACGGCGCCACCGUCCGCCGGAGCAUCGGCGGGCACGAGCUCCGGAACCUGGACCCGUUCCUCCUGCUCGACGAGUUCUCCGUCUCCAAGCCCGGCGGAUUCCCUGACCAUCCUCACCGGGGCUUCGAGACCGUGACCUACAUGCUCGACGGGGCCUUCACCCACCAGGACUUCACUGGGCGCAAGGGCACCAUCAGGACCGGAGAUGUGCAGUGGAUGACGGCUGGCCGCGGCAUCGUGCACUCGGAGAUGCCGGCUUCCGACGGCGUGCAGAAGGGCCUGCAGCUCUGGAUCAACCUCGCCUCCAAGGACAAGAUGAUCGAGCCACGGUACCAGGAGCUCAAGAGCAAGGACAUCAGCCAGGCCGAGAAGCAUGGUGUGAAGGUGUGGAUCAUCGCAGGGGAGGCCUUCGGGGUGCGGUCGCCGGUCUAUACGCAGACGCCAACCAUGUACAUGGACUUCACAAUGCAACCAGGGUCGCAGCUCCACCAGCCGAUCCCUGAGGGCUGGAACGCUUUCGUGUACAUCAUCGAGGGGGAGGGCGUAUUUGGUGGGAAGGGCGCCGCGCCGGCGAGCGUGCACCAUUGCCUUGUGCUUGGCUCUGGCGAUGGGCUCAGUGUGUGGAACCGGUCUGGUGCACUGCUGAGGUUCGUGCUUGCGGCAGGGCAGCCGUUGAAAGAGCCAGUGGUGCAGCAGGGGCUCUUCGUCAUGAACUCCCGUGCCCAGAUCCAGAAGGCCAUGGAGGACUAUUACUAUGGCCGCAACGGCUUCGAGAAGGCCAGCCAGUGGAGCUCCGCCUGAUUCUCAUCAGUGUCUCGAUGUGAUGAUGAUCAACGUCAUUGUGCAUUGUCGUGCAAAUGAUCAGGGAGGAAUGGGAAAUUGCAUUUUACCAUUACAUUGAUGCCUUUGUGUAGAGUGCCGUAGUAGUCUUGUUUUUCUUUGAUUUGUUCUUUUUUACUUCUUUAUAGGAAAGAAUGUGAUACAAUAAAAGCGUGUAAUGAGGAGGAAGUUAGUAAUGAUUGUUUGGUCAUAAAAAGGAAAUUGUUUC